UGGGUGGACGACGUGGGGAAGUUGACGGAGAAGGGGAUGGAGGCGUUCCUCCAGAAUGUCGCGCCUGUCCGGCAGACCCUAGCCAAGCUUCGCAACAUUGCCGUAAAGAUCAAGGGGUCCCCGACCGUCUUGAUGCCUGCGUGGAACAAGCUGUUAGCGCAACUCGGGCUCAAAGCACGGGUCAUCCCUAUCGACGUCCGCACUCGAUGGAACUCUACACUCACCUUGGUUGAUACAGCUGUUGAGAUGCGCACACCCAUCACGGUGUUCUGUGCAUCGGACGAGGGGAGUGAUGUGCUGGGUUCGUUUGCACUGACCCCGCACGAGUGGCUCAUCGCAGAGCAGCUCGUCGACGCGCUGAAGUACUACAACCUCACCGACUCUGUUGAGGCGUACCGCAUUGCUAUGAUCCUCCACCCGACGUACAAGGACGACUACUUCGUGGCCCUGAAGUGGGACGAGGGUAUGAUCGAGACGGCCAUUGAGCUCGUCCGGGACGAGUUCAACGUCUCGUAC